AAGACGUCGUCGUUGAUGCUUGAUAAGAUGAUUGUGUCGUGUGUUUGUAAUCGUGUAGUGUAUAGUCAUUUGAAGCAUUUUUAACUAAGAGGAAGACCUGUCUGGUGGUACAUUAAAACGUCGUGCUCGUGUUUAUUUGAGUGCCAUGUUAGCUUAAACUAAUUUCGUGGUUCACUUUUUUUUUUUUUUGGAAGAUUUGACUGACGAUUUAUUCGAUUUCGAAAUUCAUAUUGUUCAUGAUCACUCAAGAUGUCCUCUAAACAACCACAUGAAGAAAACCGCAUUGUCGAUGGCAGCAUCGAUCCUUAUGUUUAUCUUUACAAUGUACCAAACUUGAAAAAAAUAGCAUCGUAUGAAGUAGCUCGAGGAAUAUGGUGCAGUGGUUUGAAGAAGUUCCAGCUUGACAAUGCGCAAGAUAGCUCUCGUCUAGACCGUUCUGUACAGCUGAUAAAGGACUUGAAUAUUCCUAGUUGCAUGAAAGAUGUACUCGAAAAUUACCUACGGGAAGUUGUCCGAAGUAUUAAACGAUGGGCAAAACAUUUUUUAUUUUAUAUGGGAUUUGCCCAGAGAUUUUCCAAAUAUUAUUAUGGUAUUCCUAGCAUCGAUCCAAACUGGUUGGUUUGGUCGACGAAUGGUGAAAUCGACUGUAUAAAAACCGCCAAAAACAUGCUAAAAGUCGACUGUUUGGCAAAUGUGCAUAAAUUUAUCAUUAUGAGCGCCUAUUGCAUGGAGGACGAAAUGAAAAAUUUUUCGUUGGAUUCGUUGCCGGCAGAAUUUUAUGGAAAUGUGAAACAUUUCAACAUUUCCAACGGCUGGGUGUUUUUCUAUUGGAUUUGUUACCUUAGAAAUGAACCGGGUGAAGAGCCAGGAUACCGCGCCAUGGCAGAGAAUUACAAUAUCAACGAAUACUUUUGGAGCCUUUUGAAUCAUACCGAUGAUAAGGUAGCAGUUGUUAUACAUUUGAUUUUUCUAGAUUACGGAAUCAAAGUGAAACAGAAAGAUGAGCGAUAUUACGCCACUUGCACUCGCCUAUUUUUUGGGCGAAUAAUUGCUAAAAUGACUUGCGAUCAGCGUCAAAGUUUGCUUGCGACUAAUAUGGGAAUAUAUUUUUCCCUCGUGUUGUGUUCCAAUUCAUCAUCUCCACGACAUGUACUUCACAUUUGGAGACGUUCUAAAGAUGACGUUACAGAGAUGGAUUUUGUUAUAAUUAUAGGCGAACUAUUGUUUCGUAGUAAACAUAAUCCUGCAUUGAUGUUUUCAUUGACUGAGAUUUGGGAUACCGCUUCUGAUUCCCAAAGAAAUUACCUGAUUCGCCACCGAUCCCAGGCGUACUUCUGCUCAUGCAUUAAUUUUUGUCUUCGCAGCCCCAACCUUCUAGAAUUUGUGAGAAAAUUACUCCAUCAUUUCCCUUCAGAAGAGAGAAAAGAGCUGAUUUUCAAGGUAGCUAAAAGCCCUCGGUUUCACGAAUGUAGUUCCGAAUCGUUCAACUAUUUAGUGAACUCAUUUUUGCCGCACUUCGAGGACCAAUUGGCGCUGAAAGAAUUUGUGAAGCAGUCUCACCAUUUCAAAGAAUAUUUAUAUCGUUUGUUAAUCCGUGAUCAAGAGUAUGAAAAAUUCAUUGAAAAAAUAAAAUUUUAUUGUUCUUAUGAUGCAAGCGCUAUCCAAGUAUUCAAAGAAAAGUUGCUGAAAGAAAUAUUUAUACCAAAAUGUAGUGACAUUGGUCUCAUUUUCAACUUUAGUAAAUGGAAUAAAUUCAGUGAAUUUAUCGACGAAACUUUUGAAAACGAUCUUACCUCGAGACUGGUAGUGAAGCAAGAGUUCAUUAGAAAGUUGAUAACCGCCUCGUUCAAAAGCUUUAAAAAUUUUCGACCCCGUACUCAUGAUCAACUCGCUGAUUACGUGAAAAUUGUGGAAUUGGUAUUUGUAGACGAAGAGUUUAAAAAAGUUAAACCUUCGUUCGGCUCCUUGUGCUUUGUCAUGGUUAUGAACGUAAAUAUCUUUAUUAUGAAAUAUUUCAACCGAAAGUAUACAGAAAGGUGGUCGAAGGGCGAUAUCGAGAAUACUUUGCGUAAUUGGAGAUGGUUCCGGCAAUUCUACAAGAUCACAAUGUUUAUUGCCCAUUAUAGAAGCAUACACAAAUAAUCAGCAUUGAUGGUAUUUUACUAUUUCUGGUACAUAUUCUUUUUUUUUAAUUUUCAAUUUUUCAAAAUCGAUGAAGUUAUUUUUGCUUGUUAAUGUUUUUAAAAACUUGUCAAUAAUUUUAAUUCAAUUUACCUUUCCAUGUACUUAAGUACCUAUUUGUUCAAUUCUUAGAUACUGAAAGAAAGUUGAAUAAUUUUUUUACUCUUCAGAAUGGUUUUUUUUUU